GGCGCUCAGCGGUUCCCUGAGGCGCUGAGCGGUUCCGUCCGGCACUCAGCGGUUCCGUCCGGCGCUGAGCGGUUCCGUCCGUGCUGAGCGGUUCCGUCCGGCGCUCAGCGGUUCCCUGAGGCGCUCAGCGGUUCCCUGAGGCGCUGAGGGGCGCGAUGCGGGCGCUGUCGCUCGGGCGGUGGCUCCGCGCCUGGCGGGUCCCCCCGCUCCCGGAGAGGUGGCACAGCACGCUCCCGCCGCAGCAGAAAGUGUCGGUGGAAGUGCUGGACCACUUGGAGCACCUGGCCCUGGUGGAUUUCCGGGAUUCGGAGGGCGUGGAGCGGCUGCAGAAAGCGAUCCAGUUUGCUGAUCAGCUUCAUGAAGUGAACACCGAUGGCGUGGAACCGAUGGAUUCAGUGCUGGAGGACAGGUGUCUGUAUCUCAGAGARGAUGAUGUGACAGAAGGCAACUGCACCAAAGAGCUGCUGGAAAAUGCCAGAGAGAAAGUAGAGGAAUAUUUUGUAGCUCCACCAGGUAACAUCCCUUUACCAAAGCUGGGAGAACGAGACUCUUUUCUGCAGGGCUCUUAGUGACAGCCCAGAGCCCAAAUGSGCUUUCAGUAUUUUAUUUGGGAAAACAAAGUUUUGUGCAGUCACAGCUGAAGUAACCUGGCACGUAUUUUGGUCAAAAAAAGAGUGUUUGCUAGACAACUUCCAGAAAAAAAGAAGGUGUAAAAGUUUGGUAGUGCUGCUGAAAUAUUCAGUGUCUGUGACCUGGAAGGCAGCAUGGCAGAUGACUUUAGUGCUUUUAUUUAGCAAAGUGAAUUUGCUAUCUGGAAGUGAGMGUAAACCCUUGUUCCACUCUUAAUUGUGCAAUUCAUUAUUUUUUUAAGGAUUYAUAAUAUGCUCCUUUACAUAUAUGCAUAAAACAUGUAAAUACUAUGAUACUUGAAUUCUUUCAAGUGUAUUGAAAUAAAGCCUGUAUUUAACACCAC